CGACUUUUGAUACAAAGGCGUUUACUAUGAAGUUUGUUUGUUUCGUGCUCUGUUGAAUAUCAGAUAAUACUAAUAAUAAUAAUAAAGAAGAUUCCCGCGUUUCUACUGCAUUAGUGAAGCAACAUGGAGGCUAUAAGAAAUUUCUUCAGCACGCCCUGGUCCUCUGAUCAAAGACUGGAGGACCAAACUGUGGUGAUCACAGGUGCCAACACUGGUAUUGGUAAAGAGACAGCCAUAGAUCUGGCAAAAAGAGGGGCAAGGGUCAUCAUAGCGUGCAGGGACAUGGAGAAAGCACAAGAAGCUGUGAAAGAAGUCAUCACCAACUCAGGCAACGAGAAUGUCGUCUGCAUGAAACUUGACUUGUCCGAUAUCAGGUCAAUACGGGAGUUUGCAGAAGCCAUCAACAAAGAUGAGCCGAAACUCAACAUCCUCAUCAACAACGCUGGUGUGAUGGUGUGUCCGUACGGGAAGACAGCAGAUGGUUUUGAGAUGCAGAUCGGCGUCAAUCACAUGGGCCACUUCCUGUUGACACAUUUGUUAAUCGACCUGAUUAAAAGAUCUGCACCAGCCAGGAUCGUCACCGUGUCGUCGAUGGCUCACUCCUGGGGCUCCAUCAAUCUGGAAGACAUUAACAGCGAGAAGAGUUACGACAAGAAGGCCGCCUACUCACAGAGCAAGCUAGCCAAUGUCCUCUUCACGCGCUCAUUGGCUAAAAAACUAGAAGGCACAGGAGUGACGACGUACUCCCUCCAUCCCGGAGUUGUUCAGACAGAUUUAUGGCGUCAUCUGAACGGCCCUCAGCAGUUUGUCAUGAAGAUGGUCAGUCCCUUCACCAAAACCUCCGUCCAGGGAGCCCAGACAACUAUUUACUGCGCUGUGGAGCCCAAACUGGAGAAGGAGAGCGGCGGAUACUACAGCGACUGUGCUCCCGCCAACUGCUCGGCAGCCGGCAAAGACGAUGACCUGGCGCAGAAGUUGUGGGAGCUGAGCUGUCGGAUGCUCUCCGUGACGUGGGAUUGAAGCAGGAUCAAGCUUGAAAAUAUUUCAGUUUACAGUUUGUUGUGUUUCUUCAUUAUCUGAAACACUAUAUAUUGCCUGCCUGCAAAGAAAUAUUAUACCAAAUCGUCUUAAUGUAUGACUUUUGUUACAGUUCGAACAGUUCUACCUUUUUCUGCACUUUUUGUAUGUUUGUGAUGCGAUUACUAAGGCACAGUAUUGCACAAUAUGGUCAUAUUUUUAUUAGAAAUUUAACUAUUAUCUACAGUUUCAACUAAAGGUUCUGUUUUCCAGCACUUAUAAAUACAUUUCUAUCUAAUGUGACUGUUAUUUGGUGGUGGAUAUUUGUAUUAAAAUUAUAAAAUA